AAUAACUGUUUUACGGCGAUGGUAAACUGUUGCUUCGGGCUGAUUAAAGACAAAUAACAUUUAUUCCACAUGGGAAAACUUAAGACUGGCAGUUGAGGCAUAAGUAAUGGAGAGGAGACGGUUCAAGCUAGCAUUGCAGCGGGUUGCGUGCAGCUUUGCUCCGUACACCACCAUGCCAGACACUAUAGUUUUCUGUUUCUGACAUGUUGCUGUUGUUCUAGACAUGAAAGCAACAACAAAGCCAUCCACCAGGUGGCAUGCUGUAAUCAUCUGGCUUGAGAUCCUGUCUUUCAUGCUACAGGUCUGAACUACAUCCCUGCUCAUAAUGAUAACUCCUGCAUUCGAUCUGAGCCAAGAUCCGGACUACCUGACCCUCAGCAUCCGAGUACCUUACACCAGAACAUCAGAGUUUGACCUGGUCAUCGAUGGGACCGACUUCAAAUUCUAUGCAAAGCCCUACUUUCUCAGAUUAACUCUUCCUGGAAGGAUUGUGGAGGACGGGCGGGAAAAGGCCACGUUGGACAUGGACAGAGGUCUUUUCACACUUCGGGUUCCUAAGGAGACACCUGGGGAGGACUUUGAAGGGCUUCAGAUGCUCACGAGUCUCCUCGCACCGAAAGGCUCCCGUUCAGCCAAACCACUGGUGGAAGACGUGAGCGUGGAAUGCACUGAAAGUGUAGGGGAUGAUGAAGAGGAAGAUGAAGAAGACUUUGACUGGCAGGUUGAGCAGGAAGUUUACAUGGAGAGGUCGGAGGAGCAUAUGAGGGCCUUGCAAAAAUAUGGUUUUGGAAAUCAGCGAUCCGGAGUGUUUGCACGGUUACAGGAAGAACUCUGUGAUGUGAUCGAUGUGACGAACCCGGAAGGAACGUCAGCAGCAGAGAGGCGCCUUGCUCGGCUCCAAGCAGAAGCAUCAGCGUUUUCUCCCGACCAUUACUUGGCUGAUUUGUUUGAGGAUGAUGAGAUUAAAGUGCUGCUGAAGUUCAAACCGUGGUGGACGAAGCUGAGCUCUUCUACAAAGGAAGAUGGGGAAUCUGCUGCUGCCUUCACCGAUGGAGACAAAGAGCAGCUGAGAAGGUUGACAAACCGCUCGUACCUGCUGGACAAGACGUCCCGUUACCAAGCAUGGCUCGGCCUCGUGGACAUCCUGCUGGCGUACGCCUAUGACGUGCGCUCUACAGACGGGGAGCACAAUGUGGAGUCAGCGUGGACCAUCAGAAAACUCAGUGGGACUUUGUGCUGGUUGGAGACGUACGGCUCCCUAACAGAGGUCCUGCUGUCGUUUGGGAGGAGAGUUUUGUGCUACCCGCUCUACAGACACUUUGUUUUGGCCACCUCAGCCAUCCGGGAUACAGUAGAGAUUUUUCAGGCAGGAAAAACCUGCGUCCUCAAAUGUCUGCUGGAUAUCCACAAAAUCUUCAGAGAGAACGACCCGGCUUACAUCCUGAAUGAUCUGUACAUCACAGACUACUGCAUCUGGAUCCAGAGGGUGAAGUCCAGGAAGGUGACGUCCCUGGCCGCAACAUUACGGAAAACCUCACUGCAGAAGAAAGACCUGGAGCUGGAGCUGGAUGAGCUGGAGAAUGCAGCCAUGAUGGUGGUGGAGGAGGAGCGAGCUUCCAGCGACGACUCGUCCAGCGAGGAGUCUGAGGCUGAAGGACGAGGCUGCUCUGAAUCCAGUGAGGGAGGAGGGGAGGAGACGGGCAAGGACCACCCUCUCCAGCACCAGGCCACCUCCCUUGCCUCUGUCGCCCCCACCAGCACACUCCUCACAGCAGAGAGGAAGGUAGACGCCCCUCCGUCAGGAGGCUCCAGGUCGCUGAUCCAGGAGCUGGAGGAGCUGAGGGUCUCCCCGGACUCCCGGCUGAUCCAGGAGCUGGAGGAGCUGAGGGUCUCCCCGGACUCCCGGCUGAUCCAGGAGCAGUGACAACCGAGGAAGGAGCUGCACCAGGACUUUCUCAGAGCCGAACCCUCUACUCAUCGUUCAGACUCAGCAGGACUUUGUUAAAUUGAAAGUCAGAAGGAAUUUAUUUGGUCAACAGUUAUUUUGAUGCAUUAAACCAGUUUCAUGAUUAUUAUGCUUUUUUUUUUAAUAUACAAUCCAAAUUUCAUGUUUACUUUUGCUUCAUGAGCACAUUCACAUCAUUUUGACUUCUUUUAAAGAGAAUUACUGUUUUGUUUUUUGCACUGAAUGAAUUGUCGUUAAUUAUUGAGAGUAAGUCAGCUGCUGUACAACUUCUGUUAUUUUUCAUUUCCAUAUUCAUAUUAUCGUGCAAGCUGCAGCUUUAUGUUGGCUUUGAAUAAACCAAAUGAGCUUC